AGGAAGCGAAGCCCAACAAAGGACCGAAACCGUGUCCAAAAAAUAGAGCAGAUUUCAAUUUAAAUUCCUGCGAGCCAAACAACCAUCCUCCCUCCCAAUUAUAUCUGUAGAAUAUAUCAGGAAAAAAAUAAGAGAGAGUGAGACGGAGAGAUCAGAAACGGGUUGAAUCCUCCUUUUCAGGUGGCUGUCAGGAGCAAUGUCUUCUCUUGAUCUUCAAAAUCCCGAAACGAGGCCACCCGCUUACCACCGCAAGGAGAAGUCUCUCGGACUUUUGUGUUCCAAUUUCUUGAGGUUGUAUAGUGAAGAAGGCGUCGCAACGUUCGAGCUCGACGAUGCAGCUAGCAAACUAGGAGUUGAGCGGCGCCGUAUGUACGACGUAGUCAACAUAUUGGAGAGUAUUAGAAUUAUAGCAAAAAAGGGGAAGAACCAAUACUCGUGGAAGGGUUUUGGAGAAGUUCCUCGGGCUUUAGAGGAGCUCAAGGAAGACGGUAUGAGAGAAAAAUCCAAUCACUCUGAUUUCUGCAAUCCUGUUAAAGUUUCAAAGAACAUUGAAAAUGGAGUGCCUUCUAGUCUCCAAAAUAAUUGGGAGGCCCGGUCUACAGCCUCUUUGAGAAGAGACAACAGAAGGGACAAAUCUCUAGUGAUUCUCACUCAGAGCUUUAUCAAGCUUUUCCUCUGUUCAGAUAUGGAUUUUAUCUUGCUUGAUGAUGCUGCGCAGGCAUUGCUGGGUGAUAACCAUGACACAACAGCUUUGAGAACAAAAGUUAGACGACUGUAUGAUAUUGCGAAUGUUUUUUCUUCCAUGAAUAUGAUUGAGAAGACUCACUUCCCAGAGAGUAGGAAACCAGCAUUCAGGUGGUUGGGAUGGAAAGAGAAACGCGAGAAUGGAUCUGAUACGCCUUCAGAUCUGAAUGAAUCCAAAAAGAGACUGUUUGGGAUUGAUAUUACAAACGACAUCUCAAAGAGAAAUAGGGUGGAGUCUUCUACGAAUUGCAUAAAUCAGACGGCAAUAGAUGUGCCAAUGCAUAACAGACAUGGUGAUUUGCGAAUUGUCCAUGAUGGGAUCAAAUUGAAGCAGCGUUCAAAACACAGCUCAAAGGGUAUAGAAUUUGGCCCUUUUGCUCCUGUGAAUGUAUCCGGUUUGAAAGAUCCUGAAAGGAGAAGAGUGAUAGAGUUUCAGGAGAACUUGACUUCAACUUAUCGUCCUCAAUAACACGACCAAGGUGAUUUAUAAUGUGUCUACGGAUAUGAUUUUGAUAAACGGGAUAUAGUACUGCAGAAGUCUAACGACAGUUUUCGUGGUGGAUUACUUUGAAUGCAGCAGAUGUUCUUAAGUUAUUCUUGUCUUACCAUGUCAAAUGCUGAUUUAACUGAUGUCAAUUAUCAUAAUAUAAUGGAUUUGCAUA